AGUCAUACAGUUGUUCUUCAGAGAGAGAGAGAGAGAGAGAAAGAGAGAGAGAGAGAGAGAGGAAGUUUGUCUUCCUCAUCAGUGGAGGGUGUCACACUUCACCCCUUCAACAACCGAGUGAUCAAACAUGACGGAAAUGUAAAAAGUAAGAUGUUAAGUCCAACGAGCCCAAUCCCGAAGAAGCUCAGUGAAGAGGACAGCUCUGGAUCUGAUGAAGGGUCAGAGGUCGGUCUGGAGCCUGAGACAGACCGCUUUGGCUUCAUCCUGACAAAUGGAUCCACAGCUGGGUGUGUGGGUCCACCCCCUGAGUUGGUCAGACAGAGGGAGACCAAGUGGAUAAAUAUCAUCAGCCAAUGGGAUCGCAUGCUGUUGAAGAAGACCAGUAAGGUCAAAGUGCAGUGUCAGAAAGGCAUCCCCGCCUCACUCAGAGCCAAGUGUUGGCCUCUGCUGUGUGGAGCUACUGACAGGAUGAAGACCAACGAAAACCGCUACCAGUGUCUGGACUCGCAGCCCGCUCUGCAGAGCUGGGUGGACGUGAUCGAGAGAGACCUGGACCGACAGUUUCCUUUCCACGAAAUGUUCCUUUCCAAAGACGGACAUGGGCAGCGGGGUUUGUUCCGGGUUUUGAAAGCGUACACUCAGUACCAGCCAGAGGAGGGUUACUGCCAGGCACAGGGGCCUGUGGCUGCAGUGCUGCUGAUGAACAUGCCUGCUGAGGAAGCCUUCUGGUGUCUGGUGCAGAUUAGUGAGCAGUACCUGCCUGGAUACUACAGCCCUCUGCUGGAGGGAGUCCUGUUUGAUGCGUCCAUGCUGACCUGGGUCUUGAAAAGGACGAGUCCAGCUGCACACAAACACCUGCAGCACCACGAAGUGGAGCCCCUCAUGUUCGCCACCGACUGGCUGAUGUGUCUCUUCACACGUCACCUGCCCUUCAACACACUGCUCCGAGUCUGGGACCUCUUCUUCUGCUAUGGGGUGCGGGUGCUGCUCCAGGUGGCGGUGGUGCUGGUGCGUCGGGUGCUGGGCCGGGCCGAGCAGAGGAAGCAGUGUCAGGGCCAGAUGGAGACUCUGGAGAGGCUGAGGGGUGUCAGGGAGCAGGUCCAAGAGGAGGACGACACCUUUAUAGCAGAGGUGUGCUCGGUGCAGCUGUCAGCCAGAGAUCUUGAAAAGCAGAUGGAGAAGGAGUUACAAAAGUGGAGGAAAGACAGACCCUCGUCCACCUUUGACCCCAGAGGACGCUGCCAGGGAUACCGGAUGGCGUGGGAGAGGGCUCGCCAGAGCGAGGAAGAGCGGGACCGGAAAGAGAGAGAGAAAGGAAACCUGUCUGUCCCUCUUGCUCGCUCGGCCUCCACUCUCUCGCUGUCUCCCUCCCUCCUUCACAAGUGGGGGAAGAAAGGGGGAAAGGCGAACACCACGCGCGAAUGGGAAGGCAGCGGCGGCGGCAGAGUCGUGAGGCAUCUCUCAAUGGGAGCGAAGGAGGACUGUAGGAGCUGGACCGAGUUCAACUUUAAGAAGGUGCAGGGCGUUCAGGAGGAGGAAGACGUAGUUAUAGAGGAACAUAAAAAACAGAGUGAACCGAAACUAACAGGACAGACUGAACAGAAAGAAUUUUUAGAAGAACCUAAAAAGAUGGAGAUCCAAAACAUGCCAGCAGAGCACGUAGAAGAAAGAGUCAUCACAGAAGAAGAGAUUGAAGAAGUUGAAACAAGAAUCACUGGAGAGGAGGAAAGCCAACUCAAAGAGACAGAGGAAAGUAAAAUGCUUCCAGAACAGACGGAAGAAACAAAUGUGGAGACAGAACAAACCAAAAGUCCAGCCAAAGAUCAGACUGUUGAACACAAACAGGGAGAUGAGCUGGACAAAAGCAAGCAUCUGGAAAUUGAGGUGAAAGACACAAAUAAAGAGGCAGAAAAACAAGUGGCAGAAAGUGAACAUACAGCAGCUGUAGAGGAAAAUCAGACUGAGAUACAGAAAGAUGCCGAUGCAGAUAAAAAAACAGAGGUAGAGACGCAGGAAAGUGUAUACCCCAGUGAGGAACAGAUAAUUCAGGCCGACAUGAAACCAGAGGAGGGCACAGGAACUGAAAAUGUGCAACAGACGGUGGUGGACAGAGUCACAACUGUGACAAACCCAGCCUCAGAGACAGACAGUAAAGUCGAAGCUCCAACUGUCAAAGAUCCUACAACAGAGACAGAGACACAACAGCAAGAAGUGAUCACAGAGACAGACAGUAAAGUCGAAGCUCCAACUGUCAACGAUCCUACAACAGAGACAGAGACACAACAGCAAGAAGUGAUCACAGAGACAGACAGUAAAGUCGAAGCACCAACUGUCAACGAUCCUACAACAGAGACAGAGACACAACAGCAACAAGUGAUCACAGAGACAGACAGUAAAGCCGAAGCUCCAACUGUCAACGAUCCUACAACAGAGACAGAGACACAACAGCAAGAAGUGAUCACAGAGACAGACAGUAAAGCCGAAGCUCCAACUGUCAACGAUCCUACAACAGAGACAGAGACACAACAGCAACAAGUGAUCACAGAGACAGACAGUAAAGCCGAAGCUCCAACUGUCAACGAUCCUACAACAGAGACAGAGACACAACAGCAACAAGUGAUCACAGAGACAGACAGGAGCUCACAGGGAGAUGACACUGAAGGAAAAUUCCACAGCAGUGAGUCAUUAGCAGAAACAGUCAUGAAAGAAGAGUCCCACACCCAAACAGAAACUGAUGAACUGGCACAGACUCAAGAAAAGGUAGAGGAAGAUGCAGACACACCGGAAUUGAAGGUUGAAAUAGUACAAAUAGAUUCGGAACAACACAUAGAUCCAAAGACAGAAGAAGAAACAUUAAUACCGUGUUCCCCUGAAUGCAUCCAACCAAAAGAAGGCACUGACUUAGCAGCUGAUACUGAGACUGGAGCAGAAAUACCAGUUGCAAACGACAUAGUGGCGGAGUCAAGUGAAGCAUUUGAGAACGAGUGUGACGCAGUAGCAUCUGCAGCUACGCAGGAGGAAGAAGAAAGAAGUUUGACUGCACAACCAGAGGUACAGGUUGACCAUAAUCAAACACAAUCAGAAGAAACACCAAAAGAAACGGAGACUACUGACUCCAUAGCACCUCCACAGGAGACUCUCACCGCCGCCGAGCCUGAUGGGAAGACGAGUUCAAUAGAAACCUCUGAGGAACCUGCACCUGAACAACCAACGAGCCAUGUGUCUGUGGAGGAGGAAGAAAGCACAGAAAAUGUUCAAGAAAACACUGUAGCAGAGGACGACGUCUUUGUUUCUACUGAACCAACAGACUCUCCAAAUACUGAAAGUAACCCACAAGUCCAAGACAAAGAUUCUCACCUUGUGAAGCCGGAUAGCAGCGGCCUGACACAAGCAUCCGGGCAUCGCAGCAACCGUACUUCUGGUGAUGUCUGCGUCCGCAAGUCACCCAACUCCCGUGGGUCCAAGUUAGCACGUAGGCUUUCUGAGGAUCUCUUCACCAUGCCAGAGAAAACUAGCCAAUCACAAUCUACUGCUAAUCACCCAGAAGUUAAACACAGUGAGUCACAGUCCUCGUCACUGUCUGCAGACGCGACUGAGAGGAUAGCGGCGCAGCAGGAGCAGCCGCCGCCCGACCCCCCUAAACGUUUCGGUCUCUUCCGCAGACUGAGAGGAGAGCAGCCCAAAAAGGCAAAGGGGACACCCAAAAUGCAAGUCCCCCAAAUCUUGAUCCAGGACUUCAGUGAUGGGACAGGGAUGGGGAAACCUGUUGAGGUAGAGGAGGAGGAGAAGGAGGAGGAGGAGGAGGAGGAGAAACUGAGCUCCAGGGAGAGGAGGAAGAGGCGGAGGGACAGAGAGAGAAGGGAGAAAGAGGAGGAGAGGGUGAGGAAGAAGAGAGAGAAGGAGCUGGGGAAGGAGAAAGAGCGAGAGAGGAGGAAACCGCAGACGAGGGGGAAAAGUUUCCAGGUGCCAAGUAAGAAAGGGAGCAGUGAUGUGACUCAACCUGCAAAGACUGCAUCACGGUCGCAGAGAUAUUCUGCUUCUUUUGCUGAAUCUUACUUUUGACCAAAAUAUGUCUUUGCUGUGGGAUCUGGAGGAACGAGAGGUGUUUUACUGAGUGUUUCAGGCCUCCACAUCUCACUGGUCUUUUUGUUCCCUCAUGUCCCUCAUCCUAAACCUUUGUCAUACUUGAAUCUUUUUUUACAUGUAAAUAAAUAAUAAAUAAUGGUUUCAUACUUUGAAAAAUAGGUUUCUUUUAUUUAGAGGAGCUUUUUUGUUGCAUCUCGAUUCACAAACUGAACAGA